AUGAAACCCUCAACACCCUCCUACAUCUGCGCAACCUGUGCCCGCGCUCUCCGAACCCAAUCCUCCAAACCACCCGCGUUUCGGACCUUCACCACCACCUCAUCCACUCCAGCACCACGCAACGAACCCUCCGAAACCCCACCCCGAUGGCAACAAACGCCCCCCGCCAUGCGCAUGCCCAUCCGCCUGCGCCCCGAACCCAACCAACCCGUCUGGACCGUCAACGACUCGCUCGAGAACCUCAACAGCGCCUACGAUACCUUCAUCGGGUCCGCGGUGCCCAGGAAGCGAGGCUCUGAACUGCUAGAUGAGGAGACGAAGUGGCUGGCCAUCACACACAAAUCCUUCGAUCACGGGCGGAGAGGCUUCAACGAUCGGCUGUCAUUCUUGGGGAAGAGGAUUCUAGAUCUGCAGUGUUCCCUGGGCCUGCUGAGUAUGCCGCAGCCGGAGGGGAUGAGGGAAGUCAAUGGGAAGGAUGUGUUUAAACACCGGGCGUUGGAGGGACUCGAGAACAUAACACCCUUCGCGAAGCAGCAAGUCCUCGAUCCAUCACGGCUAGCAUCACUAGCAAAUCAAUACGGCAUCGAUCGCGUCGUGCGCUGGAAGCCGAAGAAGAGCGAUAAUCUGGAAGGUUCGGGUGUGGAGACGGUUCUCGCGCAUACGAUAUACAGCGUGAUAGGGGCAUUGGCCAUGCAGAGAGGCGGCGAGGUGGCAGCCAAGGUCGCAAGAGAAAGAGUCUUGCAGCCAUUGGGAUUGAGAUGA